CCAUCCAACAACUGAGCCUCUGGAAAAGUAGAAUGUGAGAUUACCAUGCUUCAGCAUGGAAAACUACACCAUGUGGACUGUUGCUACAUGGACAUUCAAGGGGAUUCUCUGCACAUGCAGGUUCCUUUGGAUAUGCCCCUACAAUGCAAUCAGGUUCUUACCGAGGGAAAAACUGGUUCCAACAGACCAAAGACAACAGCUGAAGCAAGUUGUGGGCUGUGACGUUAAAGGGAUCGCACCCAUACCGGGCAGCCCCGAUCGCACAGCUGCCCUUCAUAAAAGACUGACCAAGACCGAGAGAGAGAUCCUGUCGCUCAAAACCAGGUUCGCCUGUGAAAGAGCAUCAUGGGAAAGGAGGUUCACGGAGCUGCAGCGAAAACAGGAGGAGUUGUACAGUCAGCUGAUCUCUGAUGCUGGAGUGAUCCUGAAAAUGGGAACGUGUGACGAUCAUGGAGAGUCUGGAGUGGACAACGGAGAAGUAUUUGAUGACUGUUCAAGCGGCCUCCACCGUCACAGAAAAUCUGAAGCGUCAUCAAGGAGCGACAGCAACGCGUGCAGCCUGUCGGGCAGCCAGCUAUCAUCUUCAUCAUCGGCGCUGAGCUCCAGACCGGCCUCCUCCUUAUCUGCAGCCUCCAGCGUGAGGUCUUGGAGGCUGACGCAGGGCCCACACCGGGUGUUUGUUCCUCACUCUCCCAUGGACCUGCAGCUGGGUCACCGGGUCAGGAUCAUGCUGCCAUCUGGAAGGAUCAGCACGGGGACUGUGCGGUUCCUGGGCCCCCUGCAGGGGGAGGCAGAGCUCCACCUGGGGGUGGAGCUGCAGACGCCUGAUGGGGGAUCACGUGACGGCAGUCACAAAGGACACAGCUACUUUGAAUGCAAGCCUGGGUAUGGUGCCUUUGUACCAUUUCACAAACUACUGAUGGCCUGGGAAUAACAGAAAACAUUUUCGCUGUUUUAAACUGGAGGACCAGCUCAAUACAUAUGACCAGUUCUUAGACUGGAUCUAAUAAUUCAUUUUAAUGAGGGAGUUUCUUUUGUACAAGCAACACCAGCUGACCUAAAUACAUGAACAU